GCUGUUGAACUUCCGGAUGAAUGACCGACGGACGCGCAUCAAGUGCGAGCAGCAGGUGGAGACUGUCGUGGAGAGCUUCCCUCGACUGCUCGACAACAAUGGAGAUGGGUUAUGACCCUUGGACGGUCAUCCGUGAGUCGCCGUGGGCGCAGUCGACUUUCGGGUCGUUUGUGCUGGACCCUGAUGAGAGGGUCUACCCCGCUGCGGCGACGGCCGUGCUUCGGGCGGUCAUCAUUGGCAGUGAUGUGGGCAGGCAGCUCCAGUCGGUGACCAUCAGCCACUUCGUCCAGGUGAGAUCGCUGCGCUCGAACGAGAGGUGCCUACCGCACGCACGACACUGACUGACAGGCAUCCCUUCAUCUCUGUGCGUGUGUGUCAGGCCUCGAGAAUCGCUGCCUUCAUUUUAUAUUGGUUGGGAUCGAUUGCCCCCUGCCCCGCACCAGAACGGCCAAGAAGAAAAGGUAAACAUAGAGAGGAGGGGGAGGGAGAAAGAGAGCAACAUAUUGUUCUAUCUCUCUGUCUCUGUACGGCUGCUCGUCGCCGCGGUUGUGAAGAAAGCGGAGUAGCCACCAUGCCAGUGGCGUCAGACGAUAGCCGCUACCGCGGCUCGCCCACAUAGGUAUGCGCAACUGUUCGUGAGCUGCGUAUGUGUGCAGGCCCCUAAAUGAGAAGCGCGUCGUACGCCAUUAUCCCGAUCCUGAGAUCGGAGAGAGAGAGAGAGAGAGAGGAAAAAAUGCCCGCUCGCACGCCUGCCGCCGCUGCCAUAAGGCAGAACCUCAUGAGUAAUGGGAUUGACGUCCCCGACGUCUACGCCGACUCCAGGGGGGUUUUCGUGUCCAGGUACGUAUCAGCGCAUCAAGCGCGAGCACCCAACAGUGAGCAAGGAUGUCAGACACACCGGUACACUGGCAGGCAAGAACAUCAACAAUUCUUGUUUGCGCACGUACUGCAGGAGUGCAAGGCCUUCCUUGAGUCGGUCCGGGGGACGCUGGAGGGGCAGGACAUGAAGAUUAUGAUCAACAAAUACAAAGAUGACAUGGAGAAGGUACGUGCCUACAUCAUGCGCACAUCAAUCCGGUCACACAAUACUUGAGGCUCUGAACUGUGCUGUGCUGUGCUGUGCUCUCUGGGCAAUCCGCCGUUCUGCAGAAGGAAGCUGCCAAGACCUCCACCGCCCACCACAACCAGCACCAGCAGCAGCCUGCCGGCAGCCCUGCUGGCAGCACCAAGAAGGUGCUCGUGAGGGCUAAGGAAUGGGGUGAUGGCGCCGAUGGCUAUUAUGCCAGCGCCCUCACCCAGUGGGACCUGGGCCACUGGGAGCGGCAGGGCGGCUUGUGGGUGGUGACGUGGACGCCGCCCACGGCCGCCUGCUGCUGCAUGGAGGCGGGGAGGGCGGUGGUGAGGGGCGGAGUUCGGGAACAAUGCAGCAAAAUGAAUCGUCGGCUGCGGAUGCGUCAACCAGGGGGUCAACGGGUUUGAAGGGUAUCUUGAAGAGUGCGGCUACCAAGCCAUCCAUUCAGCGAGUAUGCAGCCGUACUCAGACAGGUCAGCUCACCAUCAGGCCGUCUGUGAGGCAUGCAAACAGUCUUUCUUUCUCGCCUGUGGUUCUUGCAGCAAGCGAUUCGGCUGUACCACUAUCUCCCCCCCUCUCUCCUGCAGCAGGCGCACACCCUCCCCAACCCACGCGAGCCCAUCCCAAUCCCCCUCCCCCCCACCGACAGACGACGCACCAAGCCAAACGACGCCACUACCAGCACCCAAUGCGUUUCGUUCUGCGGCCGGCUGGCCUACCGUCUCGCCGCCGCUGCUGCUGAGAAGGGUCCGCAGCGCAGUGACCGUGCCAGUGACCGAGGCAGCAGCCGGCUGCCCCUUCUCAUCCCACCGCCCAACCCCACCUGCGCCCACCACAGCGGCAGCAGGUGGGGCGCAAUUGUGAAGGAGAAGGAGAAAGAGAAGGAGAGAGAGCAAAGACGAUGGCCACACGCACAGCCGCCGCUGCCGCCAUAAGGCAAACACUCUUGAAUAGGGGAAUUGCUGUGCCGAACAUAUACAGUGACGAGCGCCUCGCGUUCACGGAGAACUUCCUUCGGUUCAAAAAGGACCACCGUGAGGUGAGGAGGGCAGAGGGGCGCAUGCGCUAUUGCGCAAUGGCACCAGGGGCAUCGACGACAUUCAUUCGUUUUGUUCUCUCACUGCAGGAGUACGCCCAGUGGAUGGGCUCGCUGCGCCGCACUCAGGACGGGCGGGAUGUUGGCGUGACGCAACUCGAGAACCUUCAGCGACAUGAGAGGGUACCAACAUCAGGCGCACAUCCAGCCACACACCCAGCACCUGACACGCUGUGCUGUGCUGUGCUGUGCCGUGCCGUUUUGCAGAAGGCCGCCAAGGCCGCCAAGGAUGCCACUGCCAGCACCACCCGCCAGCAGCAGCAGCAGCACACGCAGCAGCAGGCCACACCAGACGCCACUGCCGUUAGGCCACACAGGACCCCACCCACCAUGUGUGGCCCCACCAUCACCAUGCCGCAGCCAUACCACCGCCUCCCCCCACCCCUCCCCCCCACAGACGGAGGCACCGAAGCCGCGCAGCCCGGUCCGGGCUAUUAUGUGCAGGAGGUGUUGGUGGACAACUGGGGGGAACCAGUGGCCAACUCUUGAGUUGCCCGAUGUGUAUGCCGAUGACCGCCGCGCCUUCACCAAGAAGGUCCUUCGGUUCGAGCAGGACCACCCGAAGGUGAGGAGGGCAGGGAGGCGCAUGCAGCAUUGCGCAAUAGCUCAGGGGCAUCGACGACAUUCAUUUGUUUGUUUCCUCACUGCAGGAGUUCGCUCAGUGGAUGGAGUCCAUGCGCGGCACUCAGGAGGGGCGGGAGUUUUGCGUGAGGCAAGACGAGUACAUUGAGCACCUGCAGAAGGUACCAACAUCAUGCGCACAUCUAGCUAGACACGCCAACACGUGAUACUCUGCGCUGUGCUGUGCGGUACCAUUUUGCAGAAGAAAGCUGCCAAGGCCGCUGCCAAGAAGCUCAGCCCCACCCACCAACAGCACACCAGCCAGCAGCAGACCACCCAGUCACCAGCAGCCCACACAGACCCCCGCCCCAGCAGCGGCCACCAGCGACCCCACCAUGCGCCCAGACGCCACUGCCGUUAGGCAAAAACUCUUGAGUAGGGGUUUUGACGUGCCCGAUGUGUAUGCCGAUGACCGCCGCGCCUUCACCAAGAAGGUCCUUCGGAUCAAAAAGGACCACCGUGAGGUGAGGAGGGCAGGGAGGCGCAUGCAGCAUUGCGCAAUGGCUCAGGGGCAUCGACGACAUUCAUUCGUUUUGUUCUCUCACUGCAGGAGUUCGCCCAGUGGAUGGGCUCGCUGCGCGGCACUCAGGAGGGGAGGGACGUUGGCAUCAUGUUGGUCAAAUUCAAGGAGGACCUGAGAGAGAGAGGUACGUCAGACGCACAUCUACCCACACACGCAACACCUGACACUCUCUGCUGCGCUGUGCGGUCCCGUUUUGCAGAUGAGGGAGGCCAAGGAUGCCACUGCCAGCAGCACCACCCGCCAGCAACAGCAACAAGAGACGGAGAGCCGCGAGCGUGAGCGUGAGCAUCCGGAGCGUCAGCAUUCGGCCCCCCUCGCCGCCUUCGUGC